AUACACUAUAGUCGGCCGCCGAGCAAACAGGCAGUAGGUAUUUUCACGUUGCAUGCGAUUUACUUCACAGCAACAGCCGCAGCAGCAGCUGUAUCGUUAUUAGCUCUCACGGUGCAGUAUUUUUAUUUUUUCUGUAUUUUUCGUUUAUUUAAUAAUUAUUAUUAUUAUUGUUGUUCCAAUACUACUCGAGUGUUUUUUUUUGUGCUUUUUUUGUGGUUGUUUUUUUCUUGUAAAUAUUAUAGGUCGUGUACGCGCACAGUGCAGCCCGGCCGGCACCCACGCGCCCACCUGUUGCACACGGCGAAUCGUUCCACCCGCUCCAGCGGCAAGUCGGCAGUGAUCAGCUGCCAUCAUCAUUCGCGACCGACGUACUUACCCCAAAAAGACGCCAAUUGAGACAACAGCAACACCAUGACGAAACUGUCGUCGGCUUCGAACAAGUCGUUGCAACUGACCGGCAUCGGGCUGGCGGUGCAGGCGUUCUACAUAAACCUGACUUUGGACACCGUGCUGGGAGGCGAGUACGUUCAGCUGAGGCCGGCGGGUCCGCCGGUGAUCAACUCGGCCGGCGUGUGGGGCGUGGACCAGGUGCCGCAGGGGUACGCCACGGCCGGCAGCAAUCUGGCUCUAAACGGUCUGCAAGCUCUGCAGUCAUUCGGCGGCAACAAGGUCGACGCCAACGGGUACAAGGACCAGAACGGAUACUAUCUGAACAACAACGGCGUGGAGAACGGAUACGACUUGGGCAACACAUACGGGGGUGUCAACGACCGCGGUGUGACCAGCGUGGAAGGCGGAGCGUACGGCGGCAUCAACGGCCGGAACAAGGGGCAUCAGGUGGCCGGAUUCAGCACUUCCUAUCAGAAAAACGAGAGCGGUAACAAGGCCACGUACUACGACGACGGUCUGGGACACGGCGGAGUCAUCCAGUACGGUGCGAAGGACCAAAGGUUCCGAGACGGCGCAGGGAACGCUUUCGGUGGCGGUUUCCACGACUCGUCGGUCAAGACAAACGCGGCCGGCCAACAAGGGCAAUUCGGCAACGGCGACGGUUACCACACGGCGGGCGGUCAGGCGAACGACGCAACCGCCGGUUCGGUGUACGGCGCGGGCGGCGGCGGCGUCGGCGGCAGCGUGGUGGCCGGCACGCCGUUCCUGGUCAACACGGUGGAGCCCAGCCCGCCGGUCAUCCACCUGCCGCCGCAGUACGUGACCCAGCCGCCGCCGUACUUGCCGCAGGCCCAGUACGUGCCGCAGGCCCAGUACGUGCCACAGGCCCAGUACGUGCCGCAAGCCCAGUUCGUGCCGCAAGCGACGUACGCACCCAUCGCGCCGCAGGUGCCCAACCUCUACCAGGGAGUGCUGCCGCAACUGGCGCCGCAAGGCCAACAGGGGGCUUAUCAGUCGCCCUACGGUGUCCAGCUGCCCGCCCUAUCGUUGAGCGCCCGGUCGCCGUCCGGACAGUACGUGGUGCCCAUGCCCCCCAAACUGUACGUGGACAAACCCAACGCCACCGACAGCUGAAGCACCACUUAGAUUACAACACAGCGCUAUAAAUAUGUA